GAUAUCCUAAAGAGUUUCCCCUCCACUUCAACAUACUUCCAGUGCAAUACUCUCGAUAUUGAGCGCACCUGGCUCAUCUCUAGACUCAACAACUUAUCCUUGAACAAAACCUGACCAACUGCAAACGCGUUCUCAAUCGACACUCGAGCUGUCCGAUCUGAAAGACCUAGCAGCCAUGUGGCCCAACGGCUUUGGAACCCCUGGUCCUUUCCAGACCAAUUUCAAUCCAGAUGAGUUCUCGCAAAUGCCAUUUGGUGCACCUCAAGGCCAGCAAUUCUUUCAACAUCAAGGCAUGAUGCCAUUCAACAAUCUAAAUGCUGAAGAGAGAAACUAUGCACCUGUCGAUCAACCUUUCGCCAUUCAAGGAGCUUUCAUGCAGAACCAAAACAUUGGUCCUCAAUUCUCACCAUCGCCUUUCAUGACUCCUCAAGCUACCCCACCAGUCUCCCUUGCCAGCCGCGCUCCGGCCCAAAUGAAUGCUAGAGCUGCAGAGCUCAAAGCUGAAUUACUCAAGAGAAAAACAGAACGAGCCAGCUCUGCAACUCCUCCAGGCCCAGCUAAGCAAGCAGCUCAUCCAGAGAAUUCAAAGCAUGGAUCCGAGAAAAAUGUUAAUACAGCUGAUCAAAAGCGCGAGCAAGAUGUGAAUGAGCUAAUCUCACAGUAUUCUGGACAAAGUACACCCGCCACAACUGUUAAACAGGAGAAGAAAGCCAGCAACAUAACCAACGUCGCGCAGAUUCCUGCAAGCCCUACUCCUUCCGCGAAGCCGCAAGUACCUUCAAACAAAGUCACAAAGGCGGCAAAUAAUGGAAAGACACAAACAAAUAGGACGAAAGACAAGGCUUUUGGAAGCAGGCAUACGAGCAAUGGUUCAGUCUCAGAGGGUGAGAUAUUCGAAGAUCCCAUACCCCACAGAGCGGCUUCCCCCAUGCACGGCAUUGAACCAAAGUCCAACGACAAGAUGAAAAUGCCAGAGGAUCGACAAGACCGUAGUUCACGAGAUGAUCACAGCGUCAAGCCACCAUAUCCUCGAUCUUAUCGCGAAGACGCUCGCCGUCGUACCCCGUCCCCCAAGCCCAGAGUUCCGCCUUCAAAUGGACGUGAUGAUCGCCGGGAAGAGGCUGAAUCACGAAUGGACAGAAGACAACGUGCGGAUUCGGUCAAAUUCGAAGGAAAGCAUCCCACAGAUGCAGAGAGGCAACUUGUCCUUCGUGCAGAACCUCGCAAUGAAGCUACUCGCCAGCCGCAAUCCAAUGGUGCACUUGCACGAGUGGAAUUGAACAGACAAAUUCGAGAGCAAAAUCCACCUUCUCUUCUUGACGUUCUUCCUCAUGAUGAAGACUUGAGAGAGUGGUUGGAAAUUACUGGCUACCACAAUGAAAUAUACAGAAGCAAGAUUCUCAAUCGUCGUCGAGCAAUCGCAGCUUUGGAUGCUCAACGAGACAAACUUCUAGCAGAGAUGGCCGCUGAAGAACGUGGAGUUGCCCCUCCUGUUGUUCUCCAACAAUCCGCUCCUUCCAUGUUACCCCCGCCAAUUCCUAACCGAGCAGAAGAUCGCGUCGAAUCAAAAUCAAUCGCUUCUGUCAUUGAAGCUCAACCUGAGAGAGUCGUUUCUAACAAGCGUCCUUAUAGCGAACUUCAAGACUCUCGAGAUGCCCCUAGUACAGAAAAGAUGUCACGUACCGAGCCGAGAAGCUAUGCCCACCCAGCCCAAAAAGUAAAGGAUGAAGAUGAUUUCGAUACCCGCCGCCCUCGAUCAAGUGGAUUUGAUUCAAACCGCCGAUCAUCCCCACCUCGCCGUGAAGAUCAUGAAGUACCACGUCAAUACUUUCGAGGACGAGGACGAAGUCGCAGUCGCGAUGGACGUAGUUUGUCACCUGGUCGUCGACCAUAUGAAGACCGACAACCACCUCGCUCAAGAGCAUACGAUUCAGACUACUAUCCACGAGAUAGCUUCAACGACCGUUCAUUUGAGUAUACAUCUGGAUAUAGGGGAAAGGAUUCUAACUAUCGUGGUCGUGGUCGAGGCAGAGGCCGUGGUGAUUCUCGGGAUUCACGUGAGUAUCCAUCAGGAGGCCAAGACUUCAAGAACGAACCGCAAUGGGGAUCCAAGAUCGCAAACAACAGACCAUACAGAGACGGGAAAGGCUUUGAGAGAGGUGGACGUGGAGAUACUCGAUAUUUCAUCGUCAAAUCAUUUAACGAAGAGAACGUGUUGAAAUGUAUCGAAGAUUCUGUCUGGACAACUCAACUUCAAAAUGGACCCGUGUUUGAAGAGGCUUUUGAAACCUGCAAAAAUGUCAUCUUGGUCUUUUCAAUCAAUAAAAGCCGUGCAUUUCAAGGAUAUGCUCGUAUGGAGUCUCUGCCAGGCUCCGUAGAGAUUCCACAUUGGCAACGCGCCAUCACAUGGGAAAGUGCGGGGGCAUUCAGAGUCAGAUGGCUUGUGAUCUGUGCAACCCGCUUCCACCGCGUUGGCCACCUAAAAAAUGCAUUCAACGAGAACCAAGCAGUGCUGAUCGGCAAAGACGGCCAGGAAAUCGAAGAGCACUGUGGUGCUAGCCUCAUUGAACUGAUUGAUGAAGAGGCAGAGCAGGCCCUUCGCAACUCUUGGGUCAAAACUGAAAACUGGGAAGAUCUUUACUAAGAUUGAACAUACAUACGUUGCUAUCUAGCAGAGGCCUGAAGCUUGCAUGACAGCUGGAUAAGCUUUCUCAACUUUUAAUAUUCCUUGGUACGACGACAUUUUCAAAAGACGAACUCUAUAAGCUUCGAAUUGCAUACUGGCCGAUUGAUAUAUGGCAUUUGGAGAGGAUGAAUUUGCUAUCCUAAUAAUCCUAUCCAUGAAUUAUAUUAUCCCU